GGUCCCUGUUCAUUUUUACCUUCCUUGUUAAAGAUCCUCUUUUUUUUCUCGCUCUCUUUCUUCAGGGUACGGACGACGAUGGCGGGUUCCUCCUUCUCGAAGCUUCUAAUCCGACGCCAAUUACUCGCGAGGUUUCGCUCUUCUCCUCCUCUCUUCUCCUCCUCCUCCUCUACUCUUCUCGGAGCCCCUCAACUUCGCGAAGCUUCCACAGCUCCGCGCGUCGGCGGAGAUGGAGCCCUCGUCGCCCCUUCUAGGGCUUCGCAUUGGAUCGAUUCGUCGCGAACUCUUUCGAGGGCUUCGUUCUCCUCGCGAGCGUCGGAUAUCGACGAGUCGCAGGCCCCCGCCGCAAUCGAUUAUCGAUCUAUGAUGCCAGAGGAGGAGUUCCAUAGGCUUGCUGAUGAUACUAUACAUAGCUUGCAAGAGAAAUUUGAGGAAUAUGGUGACUCCCUUCAAAUGGAUGGUUAUGAUGUAGACUAUGGGAAUCAUGUUUUGACAUUAAAACUGGGGAGUUUGGGGACGUAUGUCAUAAACAAGCAAACACCAAACCGACAAAUUUGGUUAUCUUCACCUGUGAGCGGACCUUCUAGGUUUGAUUGGGACUCGGCAACAAAGGGCUGGGUGUACCGGCGAACAAAAGCGAAGUUAUUGCAACUUCUCGAAGAAGAGCUAGAGCAGCUGUGCGGGCAACACAUUGAUCUUUCAUGAAUCAUGAAGUGUAGGGCUAACCUGAGACUCACUUUAAGAUAAAGAGCUCUCUAGUGGUCAUAAAUGUUGGGAGGGAGCUUUGCAGAUAGCAAAAGCCCACCAACAAUUUCAUGCUGCGUCUAAUUUUGCUUUAUGGAUCAUCUGUAAAAUGGUUGAUAUUUAAAUUAAUACAGUUCCUGCGA